GCUAAUUUUGAACUGAUCUCGUCUCAUUCUCAGCUCGUUGGUCUCGGCUUGCGGUUGUACUCGAACUCGAACUCGCACUCGUUGACAAUGGUUCAGGUGAGCAGGGAUCUGCAGCAGGAGCUGGUGCUGCUGCGUGUCUCCAUGGAGCAGCCGGCUAUGCAGUAUCCGGAGAUUUGGCUGCGCGACAACUGUCAAUGCCCCAAGUGCUACAUGCAACAGACGCGAAGUCGCCUGCCGCAUGGCUGGAACAAUCUGGACACCGGGGUGCAUGUGCAACAGUUGAGCUGGUGUGCCGAACAGCAAAUCUUGCAGAUUGAAUGGUCCGAUGGCCAUCACUCCGAUUACACGUACAGUUGGCUCAAAGAGCGUGAUUUCUCGCUAGAGAAUCGCGCGCGUUAUCUGCGCGACAUUUACCGCCCCGAGCCGCAACUCUGGUCGGGGCAACAGUUUGAGCAGAUUCAACGCGAGUUCCAAUACCAGGAGCUGCUCAGCAGCGAUGAGGCAUUGCUCCAGUGGCUGCACCACCUGGCGGUGUACGGCUUGGCGCUGGUCAAGCAGGCACCACUCGAGGCGGAUGUGCUGCGCAAUCUGUGCAACCGCGUGGGCUUCAUGCGACGCACCACCUACGGCGACGAGUGGAGUGUGCGUGCCCAGCCGGGUGCCAGCAACUAUGCCUAUCUGGCUGCACCGCUGCCGCUCCACACGGACAUGCCGUACUUCGAGUAUAAGCCGGGUGUGACGCUGCUCCAUACGCUGCAGCAAUCGGACUCGCCUGGCGGCUGGAAUCUGCUCAGCGAUGCCUUCCAUGUGGCAGAUGUGCUACGCCAGCGGCAUCCCAGUGCUUUCCAGGUGCUCAGCGAAACGCCCGUCGAUUGGGCGGACAUGGGCAGCGACAAGGACCUCACCUUCCACAACAUCUGGCGUGAGCCGGUCAUCAACCUGGACGCCAAUGGUCGCUACAAGCGCAUCAACCAUAGCAUUCCACAACGCGACAGUCACUUCAGUGUGGCACCGCAUCUAGUGCGUCCCUGGUAUGAGGCGAUGGCCCUGUUUAGCCGACUGGCCAACGAGCAGGCCUGCACCUUCAAGACCACACCCGGCGACGUUCUCACCUUCGACAAUCUGCGCAUGGUGCACGGCCGUACCGGCUACGAUGACACGGACUGCAAUGUCCGGCACAUUGUUGGCGCCUUCGUCGACUGGGACAUUGCCUAUUCGCGCUGGCGAGUGCUCCGCCGUUCGCUCGGCUAUUUCAAGUAAAGCCCCGGGCAAACACCUCUUGAAACCAAGGCAAACUAUCUAUAGAAUUCUCAGCUGGCUUAUCAGUGUCACAACACGUGAAUAACAAAAUAGUUGCUCAGCUUUUCUACGUCAACGAAAUGGUUACCAGCAACUAUGUAUGUUAUCUGCCUAAUCAGCUUGGAAAAAAAUAUUGCUAAUAAUGAUUUAAAUGUUUUCAAAUCCAAAUAGUUUAAGCUACACACAAAUAAAUAUUCAA